AUGGAGCGUGCUGCCUGCCGCCCUCCCGGCAGGCUCCGAGACUGGAAGCGGCGGUAUGCCUGCUCCACGGUCCGGUGUAAGCUCGGUCGGGUAUGUCCCCACCCGGAGCUCAUCAAUGAGAUCCAGAUUUGCGCUCGACUCAUACUGAAGUCCACCACCGAAGCUUGGGCCCUCGCGAACUUCCACGUACUCCGCCAGUGCGAGGAGCGCGGUGACAUCCCCGACUUGACGUCUUCCACAUUUUCACCCGGUGCUGUAGAAUCGUCAGCCGGGGCCUUCGCCGAGGAGACGACGUUCCCAGACGACGUCACCAAGAUUGACGUUCUACACGGUGAGGCUGGCGGGCUCAUGAGCGUCAACGCUACCAACAUGGUCGUGACCCAGUUCCGCAAGCACUUCACCCUCUUUGUGCGGCUUUGGUAUGGGAUCUCUGCCAAGGAAACCAGAAAGGUCGUGCGCGCCUGCUACAGCUCGGAUGCGUCGGAGCGCCGGGAAGUACUGGAGAUGAAGGCGUGGCUGGGAUCUGCGGCGUGGGGUGAAGACGGUGAGCUGGAGCAGGUUUUCCCCAGGAAAACCGUUAUCAAGAAGCAUGUGGGCUAUUUCGUGCGGAAGCUGUACGAGAUCAUGGUCUUUGUUGAGCAAAACCAGAUCGAGCAGCGGCGGCAGCAAGAAACGAUUCAGGAAAUGGAAGAGGAAAAGAGGACGAAGAAGGGCAAGGGCGCUAAGAAACCCAAGGAGAAGCGCUCUAAGACAAUCAAGAUGUUCAGCCUUCUACCGCUAUCGCAAUCGUUCGCACUCUACAACAUCAAGAUCGAUCCGUCUACUUUGGCACACCUCUGCUCGCGCAUUUACAAGCGCACGGGCGAGAAUGUUCUUGGUGUUGAACUCACGCCCAACAACCGCAUCCCGACACGCCCUUACUUUACUCAGCGGGGCUCCGAGUUGAUGAGGCGCGCAUUCAACAUCACACAGUUCGAGACGCGGCGCACCAAGAUCGGCAAGGCCCGCUUCAAUGGUCUUUCGGUGGACGAGAAGGCAAGACACGCCGCUAGGUUCUUCGGUGACUCGAUCCGGUCAGAUGGGUACGCAGCUUCCGUGUUAAUGGUGCAGCUCACGCGUUUGGCACGCUCCGUUGGGAGAAGAGAGGAAAACGAGGAAGAUGAAGAACUUGGGGACGCGGACGAGUUUGAUGACGACCCGGAUUCGGAAUCGCUCGUGACGGAGACGAACGGCGAGGAAAUAACGGAGGACGAGCCUGAAUUGGAACCCGAGGAAGACACUACACACGAGCAGGAUCCCAGUAUAGCGAGUGAAGUCAGCGACUCGGCUCCCUACCCCGCCCCCGAGCCAGCCCUCCGGGGAAUCCGCGCUCGCGGGUUUGUGGGUGUCGAUCCAGGCAAGAAGGCCCCCUGCACGGCUGCGAUCAUCGGCAAGCUUUGCUCAAAGAAGAAGAAGCCCCCACCCCCUCCACCCCCAUCACCCAAACCUCCACGAUGGCACCGCAACAAGAGGUGCCCAGUGGAAGACCGCGUGAGCUCAACGGGACCUCCACGAACUCCAGUUCGAAGACGUCGCGAACCGAAACUACCAAAGGUCCAGCAUGAACAGCGAAUUCUCCAGAUCAAGGCAGGCGAAUACCAGCACAUGAGUGGCAGUAAGAAAUUCAACAAGUGGCACGAGAAGCUGCGCCUCCGAUUUCCUGAAUACCAGAUCGCAAUCAGUAGCCUUCCCUGCCUCAAAACGGCCGACGCGAGAGUUUUCCUCGUUCGGAUGGAGCAGGUAUGGCUCAGCCUGGACUAUUUCCUGGAUUUCGGCAUCGCCCACAAUUUCAGGAAAUGGAGAUUUUUCUCGCAUGUGAAGCACCGGAUCGCUGUAGACGACGUCGCCAAAUGGCUGAUACCAGAGGCCGGGGCACAUAAGGCUAUGAGGAAGAGAGCGACAGUGGUCAAGGUGCACGAGUUCAGGACGAGCAAACUGUGCUCCGCCUGCUACCAACCUAUGAAGAUGGCCGUCUUCCUCGAUCCAAACGAUCCCGGCCCCGACGAGCUAGACGCCGACGAAAGACCUCUCUACUACGAUCGUUCCGUAUUGCGUUGUGCCAACAAGAACUGCAAGAAAAACUUUCUGAACAGAGACGUCAACGCCGCCGUCAACAUGCAAACCCUGCUUAUGGCGCGACUGCAAGGUUUACCGCGCCCCGCAGAGUUCGCCGCUGGCCAAGAGGAUGAGUCCGUUAUUGCUAGGGAGGAGGCAGACCCGCGCUGCAUCCCCCACUGCGGGAGUUUAAGUCGGAUGGUGGUGAGGCUGCGUGACGACAUUGAGCGGCUGGACUCUACCUAUGAAUGGCUGGCGGCGCAAGUGGGGGCUUUGGAGAAUAAGUGGGCUCAACUGGACGCGCAACUGGAGGCGUCGACUCCUCGAUCCUAUUACGACAGAGUGCUGCAAGAGCUGAGUUGUUCCGGUGAUGUUUCGUUGCUACUGGAGGCUUUGAGCAGUGGACCCGAGCUAUCCGGCGCGUCUGAGUCGCCCAGGGAGCACGGCAUGGGUGAGGCGAGCACGGGCAGGUUCAUGACGCUCCAGGAGAGAGCAGAACACGAACAAGCAGUAACUCCUCUGACGGGUACGAUAGAUCAGUCGGGAGCAACAAAUGGCAGUGUAUUGGAAGCGUGGCUGGCUAUGGAGCGCAAGUAUCGAUCGCGCCAGGGUGUUGUGGACCAAGUUCAAAAGUUGGAGAGCGACGUUGCUCAGAAAGAGUUUCUCCUUGCUGCCGUUGCCCCUGAGAGGUUGCUGAGUCGAGUAAAGCAGACUCUGUCGUGGGUCGGGGAUAUUGGGCUGCUGCGUGAAGCCCUCGAUCCGUCUGCAGUGAGUGCAUCGAAGGCAGGACUCCGCCAACUUGUUUUGCUUGAGGUGGGGUCUCCGCCCAGAGAUGCAGACUCGAGUAUGGCAACAUUGGAGGAACGAGUAGCGAAAAUGGAGCCUGCACCAGUAGAAAAGCUGCCAGCUUCGCGGCCACGAGUUGUCGGCCGGAAGCGAAGUGGGGCGAGAGCUGUAAGUGAAGGAGAUCUGGGGCUGGCACACAGCGAGGCGAAACGACCGGCGAUACGGUCUACCACCAGCAGACCGAUAACACGCUCCAUGGGAGACAGGGAACUUUGGCACGGAUGA